AAAAUGUUCCCACCUUUGAUGUUGUUGAGAGAUAAUACCCUGGACGAACUCAAAUCAAACGCUGUUGGACCACGUAAACCUCCAGGAGGAUUUUUGGGCUCCAUGCCUGGCAUUGGUACACUUUUGGGUACGAUUGUGGAUUUCGUUAUCGGUGUGGAAGGAUCCACUUUGGCAGCAGGGAUAUUCAGACUUUCACUAUUCAUGGACUUUAUUCAGAUAAUGAAUAUGAAUGUGCAAUCUACAUCCGACUAUCGUUCUUUCCGCACAAUAAAUAAUAACAGCUUAUCGGCGGAUUACAUGCUUUUACAUGUGGUUCCUUCAUUCGUGGCUCUAAACUUUGUCAGCGUCUUUGGAGCUGCUGUCAUUCUGCUUCUAAUAUUCACGGGUAUUGCAGCUCUUUUGCUCAUUUCGUUUUGGAGAAUGACAAAGAGAUACAACCCAAAUAGAACGCUACAAGGGUUUGCCUCUCAACCAUGGAUUUUCAGAACCUUAAAACCUGCCGAUGGAACGCAUACUGCUGAAAUCCGUUUCGCAAACGUGAGCGUGGUGAUGUCAUUGACAGUACUGUAUAUUCCACUCAGCAAACUUUCUGUGGAUGCUCUCGUUUGGAGUUCAGAUUAUUGGCCAACGCAUAAUCGAGCAUCAACUACAACACCCAAUAUAGAAGGAAUGUGCUACAAAACCAACACCGAUCCCGAUCAAUUUAAUUGGGCAUUUGUCAUCAUUCCUGUCGCCGCUCUCACAGUCAUCUUUUACACACUUUGGUUCCCGUACUUGAUGAUGAGAACAAUCAAAAAGCUCCUUCCUCGUGUUGACGAAUACAAUGAACUGGGAAACAAACGUACAGGCGGAGAAAUGGAGACGGAAUACAUGCGACUGUUGGGUAGGGACAAAUCCCCUCUUAACUUCAUGUACAUCGACUAUCGUCGUAAGUGGGGAACAUACAAACCUCUUUACAUCCUAUGUUUCAAGCUUUCAAAUUUGCUCAUCAUCAGCAUCUUUACUCAGCAAAAUUGCAUAUUCCACAAAGCGGACGUUCGAAAGAUGUUGGUCAUACAACAAUCGGCUUUGAUUUGUAUGCAAUCGGUCUUGCUUUGUGCACAUCUGUCCAUACAGCCUUUUGUGGAUAUGCUCAGCAAUCGAUCAGAGCUGUGCAGUCGGUUCGGGUAUGUGAUGACAGCCGUGAUUGGUCUCUUGGUGGCUUUACAGGUCAAAGGCAGUACCGUAUAUCAAUCAGCAUUACUCUACGUCGUUCAAGCGUUGACCUAUUCAGGUAACAUUUACUUCAGUAUAGCCGGAACUUCUUGGAUGAGUCAUUGGAUCAAACGUCUUCAAGUCCGAAUAGAUUUUAGCAUAGAUAUCUUUUCGCCUGUUUUGCAACUCGAAAAGCAUAUCAAACGAAGGAUCUGGCAAGAAACUCUUUCUACAAUUUUGCUCAGUGGUCCCGAAUAUCGAAUGCCAAUUGGACAAAUGGUAACAUUUUCUGUUGACGAUCAUUGGCCACCAUAUUUGUUGCAAUUCCGUGGCACAAUUGCAGAGAGGCAUAUUGAAAAUCUGAAGAUUGUCAAGUCUGUUGGGAUGACUUCCUAUCAGGAUGCUUUGAAUAUGCUAGAUGCUGAAGGAUAUUCGGAAAGAUGGAAAUCCGUCAUCAAACGUAUUCAAACUGAAUUUGCCGGACCUGAUGCUUAUUGGCAGCCUUUGGAAAUCACUCCGGCAAACAAACGUGCAUUCGAAGGCGUGUCCUCCUACUUUGGAAAGGCCUUUUUGGUUCCUUUUCCGCCAACGUUAGUCAUUUCGUACGAUCAAACGCAACAAGGAGUAUGCGGUGCAACCGUUCAAUUAACUACUUUGCAAGAAUUAGAAGCAUUCAUUUGGCAGAAUGAAAGUGAGACGAUCAGGAAUCGGAAAUGGGUUCGUUUGAGCUUGAGAGCACUAGAAGGUCAAAAAGUCUAUUGUCCUCAUGUUGAAACGGAAAAUAUCACACCCCAAGGACGUAUGCUGACUUGGCUUGCCGGAUUAGAAAAUCGUAAAGAUCGCUAUACGAUGGCAAAGCCGAUUUACUACGAUGAAGGCAUUCUGACGAUUCAAAGAAAGAUUGGACCUAACGCGGGAGGUUAUAGCUUCGAGUCAGGAUUUGAUGUCUUUGUGACAUAUGCGCAAGGACAAAGAAGAGAUGAGGGUGGAUUGAGUGUAGUACGAAAAUCGUUGACCGUUGAUGCCGCUGCUGCAUUCGGUCUUCGUGACGAUUUCGAAUAUUCGCCCUCUCUCGAGCAAUUUUUCAACGAUAACUAUUCCAUAAUCACAUUACGAUAUCCACAAAUGGCUCAACUUUUGCAAAAUUAUAGGGUUUGCUUCUACCGUGAAGCGCUGGAAAAGCGAAAGACGAUGCAAUAUGCUUUCUUGACCGAGAUCUUUGAUACACCAUCAUACAGUAUCAAGGAAAUGGAAAAAGAUUUCGGGUGUAGUAAAGGCAAUGCUGUAGUUCGACAAUUGCCUGUUCGUUAUAAAGCUGCUUCUACGAUGUUGGUUCAACGUAUGGCACACGUUCGAAAGACACAGGUACAUCAAUGGUGGUAUAUCUUUUGGGAUGACUUUUGGCGUCAGAAUAAUGGAGAUUAUGCCGCCUUACAAUCAAAUGCACAACUCUUCAGCCCACAAUACCCCACGAGCAUCGCCUAUACUCCAAUGCCACGCAAGAAGCUGGAAGAGCUUCUCAAAUCCAAGACGGGCAUCUGGAGAGCAACAAAUGCUAAGAAAGGUAUCGUCGAUCAAGGUUUAAUUAACAGAAUAUACUUUAUGAUUGAUGAAUUAGCCUUCAAUCGUUCUUUGCGUAGGCCAGGAGAGGCGCAAUCAGGAGCAGGCAGAGGUGAGCCAUUAGUGGUUGGCACUGUAAGAACAGACGGUAGCAUUGGCGUACGUUCAAUCGAAACAAUUUCCAUACCAACCAGUUCCAAAGCAGCACACCAUUAUCCUCUUUACUCUGAUCCAUUUGCUGCCACUUCACGUCAUACGGGCGGAGGAACAGAUCAUGAUGUUUCUUCAAUCGUUGAACGAUAUGCAUGGCCAUGGACAGAACAAAGACUUAGCGGACGUCCAUCGCAAAAUGCAUUCAAGCGUUUCAAAGGGCGUAUCCUGGAAUGGUUAUCCAUUCGGCCGUACAAGCUUCACGAUGAUAUUCAACAAUUGUUCAUCUAUUUGCGCAUCGUUGAU